GCGGCAUUCGCAGUGCAGCUGCCACGGCGUGAGGAUGUCCAAGUUGAGACCCCUGGAGCCCUUGCUAGCCGCCCUCGCUCUGGCCGAGUGCAAUGAGCAGCAGGCGGAGCGUGAGGCGUUGAUAGCCACUGUGCGUACGUGGCUGGCCAAGUCGCCUUAUCUGCGGGCUCGCACCGACGAGCAAUGGAUCCUGGCGUUCCUGCGUCGCUGUCGCUUCAGCGUGGAGGAGACGAAAAGACGCAUCGACAACUACUAUUCGCUGCGCAAUGUAUUUCCCGAGGUGCUGGGCUCAAGGCAGGUGAACGAUGCGCUCAUGAAGCAGUUUGAUCGCGGCAUUCACGUAAUACCCAAGAAACCCGUGAGUCCACAAGGCGCACGCGUGAUCAUCUCGCAAUUCUGCAAAGUGGAUCCCAAGCAGUCGAGUCCGCGCGAAGCCUUCAAGCUGCUCUUCAUGAUGCUGGAACUAUUGGCUCAGGAGUGUGACAAUGCCACGGUGGCAGGACUUUUCUGGGUGGUUGAUGCACGUGAUGUCAACAUGGAGCAAAUGCUGCAAUACGAUCCGUUUCUGCUUAAGAAGUCCUUCAUGUUUGUGGAUCAAUGCUUGCCGCUGCGCUUCAUGGAGAUUCAUCUGGUCAAUAUGAUACCCUCAGGACAGACGGUGUUUAAUUUUGUCACCUCUUUUCUGCCAGCCAAGCUGCCCUGGAAGUUUGUGGUGCACAAGAAAUCGGAGGAUCUGUAUAAACAUCUCCCACCAGAAGCCAUGACCAUCGAGUAUGGAGGCAACAAUGGCUAUCAGGCCGAAGCAUUGGACUAUUGGCGUGAGAAGCUGUUGUCUCGCAAGGAUUACUUCGAGCAGGAUGCUCAGUUUGGUACAAAUGAAAAGCUGCGCGUUGGCCUGGCCAAUGCCUGGGCCAGCGGGGAGCUGAGCGGCACCAGCGGCUCUUUUCGCAAGCUGGAGGUGGAUUAACAAAGA